AUGGACUACAUUUCAAAUUCAUCUUUUUCCUUCUUCACUUCACCUGAGAGUCUAAAAGAAGAACGUGAGCAACAAUACAACAAUGUGCUCAUGCCCAGCAUCUUCGGCGUCAUCUGUUUCUUUGGGAUCUUUGGAAACUCUAUCGUCAUCUACACCAUUGUAAAGAAAACCAAGUUGUGCUCUCAGCAAACAGUACCAGACAUUUUCAUCUUCAGCUUAUCUAUUGCAGACCUCCUCUUCCUCCUCGGCAUGCCCUUCCUCAUCCACCAGCUUGUAGGAAACGGCUCCUGGUGCUUCGGGGCCACCAUGUGCACCGUCAUCACAGCGUUGGACUCCAACAGCCAGAUCGUCAGCACCUACAUCCUCACCGUGAUGACUCUAGAUCGCUAUCUGGCGACCGUGCAUCCCAUCCGGUUCAAGCACGUGCGGACGCCGUGCGUGGCCGGGGCGGCUGUGGCUCUGGUGUGGAUCUUCUCUCUGGUGUCCAUCACUCCAGUCUGGAUGUAUACGGGACUCAUGCCCCUCAAAGAUGGCUCGGUCGGCUGUGCUCUCCUCCUGCCGAAUCCGGCCACCAAUACAUACUGGUUCACUCUGUACCAGUUCUUCCUGGCCUUCGCUCUCCCUUGGGUGGUCAUCUGUGGGGUCUUUUUUAAGAUUCUGCAGAACAUGUCGGCUACAGUCGCCCCUCUGCCUCCACGCAGCCUAAGGGUAAGGACAAGGAAGGUGACCCGCAUGGCAGUGGCGAUAUGCCUGGCUUUUUUCACCUGCUGGGCCCCCUAUUAUAUCCUACAGCUGGCCCACCUUGGAGUACAGAGACCCACGUUUGCCUUCAUGUACGCCUACAACAUUGCAAUCAGCCUUGGCUAUGCGAACAGCUGCAUCAACCCGUUUAUUUACAUCAUGUUGAGUGAAACAUUCAAAAGAAAGUUCAUCAUUGCAAUCAAGCCGUCUCACAGAGUUUUCAGAGUCGCCCCCGCUCUAGCCGAUGGCAGCAUGAGUCUGAGGGUGGCUCCAGACAAUGCCCACCAGUCUCACCUGCAGUCACCCAGACAACUUCUUCAAAACAUGCUUCCUGUCACUGUAGCUGUGCACUGA